UGGAAUCGUUUCCUUAAAAACAAUCAGUUUUAAUAUGGUGCUGUUACGAAUUGGAUUUUGUAUUGCUUAUUUAAUUACACUUGUAUUGUCAUUUGAUGUGCCCUCAGUAGUGAUACAUGCUUUGAAACCAAAAGGCAUACGAGUAUUCCUUCCUGAUAAACCAGGCAUUACCUUCUUUCUUUUUCAUGGAAAAGUUUUCAAAGUGAAUGCAACAACUUUUACGAAUGAAGACCAAGUUGACGAGAUAUGGGGGUUCGGUAAUAAACUGGAAACUGGUGGUUGGUUGUUCUUAGACACGACCAAACAAUUGCACAUUAAUCAAAGAAUAAGAUAUAGAACUUUCGUGUCUAUAGGCUAUCCAAGUUUUACGGACAAUGAUGCAUUGUACGGAGAUAGAGCUGCUAACUUAACAAUUAAUGGCUGGUCAAGCUCCUAUCGCAGUUCCUAUUUAGUGGAAGAGUUGAUAGACCCAGAAUCAUUUGGACCACAUUGUAGACCAUCCCGUACCAAGGUACACGAUGCACGUAUUUGCUCUGGACAAACUAUAUUCGAGGACCAGUUCGACAGCCUGAGAGAAGAUAAUUGGCAGAUUGCACAUUAUAUACCCAUCGAUCAUCCAGAGCAUCCGUUCGUAUCUUACCAGCGAUUGAAGAAAAACCCAACAGUAUCAGUACAGGAUGGAAUGCUUAUCAUCUCACCGAAACUACAACAAGACUUGAUCGCAAGCACAAAUCAAUCCUUAUUGACUUACACAUUGGACCUCACCAGCGGAUGCACAGAACAUCGAAUAUGUCAGAUGUCGUCAGUGGGCGUGGAUAUAAUACCUCCCAUAGUCAGCGGUAGGGUGACGAGCGCUCGGUUCGCAUUCACGUACGGAACCGUCUACAUCCGAGCAAAGUUUCCACAAGGGGACUGGAUCUAUCCAGAGAUCCUUCUGGAACCACUAUCAAAAAAAUAUGGAUCUCUUAACUACGCUUCGGGAGUCCUGAAAAUCGCGCUCGCAAGAGGAAAUAUGGAUGUUAUCAGCGAAAAAUACAGUAACAAUUGGCUUGACGGUGGUCCGAUACUGAACGCAAAGUGCCUCUCGGCUAUUCGCUUUUAUCACAAGAAACUGUCCGAUAACAAGUUCUGGGGCGAUGAUUUCCAUGUAUACAUGUUAAAAUGGACGCCAGAGGAGAUAUUAUUAGAAGUGGACGGGGAGGAAUGGGGCCGCUAUGUCCCUGGAGCUUCUGGUCUUCGAUCCUGGCUGCCGAAGUCGUGCAGAGGCAGUUGGUUUGAGCUGCUCACUGGUGGUGAAAUAUUAGCUCCCUUUGAUGACCAUAUGUACAUAACCCUGGGAGUGGCAGUAGGUGGUAUAACGGAGUUCGCUGACGGGCUGACCAAUAAUGACAGAACACACUCCAAGCCGUGGAGAAACCGGGGAAAGAAGGCCAGUCUUAGUUUCUGGCAAGACAGGGAGUACUGGCUCCCGACCUGGACACAGCCAGAUUUGCUCAUUGACUACGUCAAAGUUGUGGCUUUAUAAAUAAAAUUUUAAAUCUAUCUAGAUAAAUAAAAAAGUAAAAACUGA